CCCUCCCUCUCUCCCUCCCCCUCCUUGUGUUUCCCAACCACCCCACCACCACACCCACCAAAUUUCCAAUUUUCUUUCUGUGUACAUUUUCAAUCCUCAACAAAUUAAGCAGUUUUCAAUUUCUGAUCAAUCACACACAUCAAUGGCUGGGUGGAUAUCUAAUAACACAAAGUUGAAUCCUAAAGCUGUUGACGGGAACGAAAUGUUUCUGGGUCUAACUGCUGUUUCUCACAAGACUGCUGGCUUACACCUCAUACAGAACUGCGAUCUUCCUCCACCCUCGAAACUCUUUACGGGUUCGGGUCAAACUGUUGUGUCAUCCAUGAAAAGGGUUUGCAGCGUGAACUCGGAUCGCCAUAAUGAUGAUCACACGGAUGAUCAGUGUGACACGGAUGGUAACCAAAUUGACGGCGAGAAUGAGAAACUGGAGCUGCUGAAGGCGUUGAGGCUGUCGCAGACGAGGGCAAGAGAGGCGGAGAACAAGUCUGAGAGGUUGGAGAAGGAAAAAGACCAUCUCUCUAAUGCCUUGCUUGCGGAGGCUAAAGAGUUGUUUGCUUACAAGCAAUGGGUGAGGUUGCUUGAGCUUCAAGUUUCAAGGUUGCAGUCACAUUGGGCGGAGGAAGAGAAUAUUCCGGCAAGUUGUGGUUGUGGCAGAUCAAAAGGAGACGAUGAUAGGGAUGGCAUCACUUGGGUUGUAGCUUUGGCGCUUUGUUUCGGCAUCGCCGGCGUAGGAUUCGCAUUCGGAUGCAGAUUCUUGUACUGAAAUUUCAUUUUCGUACUGGAAAAUAUAUAGGUGUAUAUAUGUAUAUGUAUAUAUAUAUAUAUAUAUAUGAACAAGCACCUUGUAAACUGAAAACACAGGUCUAUUUCGAACGAGAUUCUUUGGGAUAAUAUGUUUCUGAUUUAGUGGUCCCAUUGAGUAUAGGACCCACU